AACGUCUCUGUUAAAAAUUUGACUCUAUGGAAGCAUGAUUUUAAUAUCAACAACAGUUUCUAUCAAUGAUGUGCAAGUGUGUAUCUAAGUGAGAUAUAUUUGUUUGAGGAUGAAGCGGGUGGACAAGGGACAACGUUGGAUAGUUUAAGAAAUAUAGGCCAUGGGAUAUAGUUUAUUUAGUAGAGAAAUGGGUAGUACAAGAAGUAGGAGGAGGAGUUCAGCAUAGGACAUGAAUUUCAGGCUGCCUCCCCACACCUCUUACAUGAAUGAUUCCUAGCCUAUCUAUAGAAGACUCCAUCGCCAAAGAAAGCUAGACAUUUGCUGGACCUUACGUAACUUGUUUUAAUUGAUAUUUGUUUUUACUAAGAAAGCUUCUUCAACUUGGCUUCUUCUUCUUUUGCACAGACUUGACAGCAUAUUUCCAGGUAGAAUUUUCUCGGUUCUCUAGUCGUUGCCCACGUUUUUGACUCUUCCUUCUUCAUAAAUAAGCAGCCUUGGUUUUUGACUUCAAGUCUUCCUCUUCAACUUGGACACUUAUUCUUUAAUUCAUGAUUAAGUUAGUUAACCACUCUCGAGAAAUCUAGAGAAUCUGGAAAAUGGAUUACAAAUUCCAGCGGUCUCUCUAUGUUAUAUAUAACACAAACACUAGGGACCCUUGGAAACAGAGUGACCUGAAAAUCAGAAGUUGUAUAGACAUGGCAGGUCUGUUUGACAAACAGGCAGAGACCUACCUACAAGCGAGACCAACUUAUCCAAGUGAGUGGUACUCGAUGCUUGCCGCCUGCACCUCUCAAAACUCUCUGGCUUGGGACGUCGGCACCGGCAAUGGUCAAGCUGCUCUUGAUGUCGCAAAGCAUUACGAGCAAGUGAUAGCAACCGAUGUUAGCGAAGCUCAACUAAGUUUUGCAAUGCCACAUCCUCGAGUUCGCUAUGUGCACACUCCACAAUCCAUGUCAGAGGAUGAAAUGGUGGCCUUGAUGGGGGGUGAAAAUCGCGUGGACCUGAUCACUGUUGCUACCGCGGUGCACUGGUUUGACCUUCCAAAGUUUUACAAGCUGGCCAAACGCCUUCUGCGUAAGCCAGGAGGUCUACUUGCCGUUUGGGCUUAUAAUGACAUUGUUGUUAAUCCCGAAUUUGACACCGUAAGGAAGCGCCUUCUUGAAAAAUAUUCACGCUUUUGGCCCGCGGAUGCCAAGUACAUAUUUGAAGGAUAUAGAAAUCUUCCCUUUCCUUUUGAGAGUGUGGGUUUAGGCUCUGAGGGAGAACCAUUGCAACUAGACAUUCCAAAGGAGCUCUCGUUCGAAGGGUGCUUGAUGUUUUUCAAAUCAUCAUCUGCAUUUGCCUCAGCCAAGGAACAAGGGGUUGAUCUAUUAUCUGAAGAAGUCAUUAAAGAGCUUGAGAGUUCUUGGGGAGGACCUAAUAAGAUCAGAACUGUCACCUACAAGGCUUUCAUGCUUGCUGGGACAGUCACAGAGUAAGACUUGAGCUCUAUAAUUAGUUUGCAAGGUUCGAUUUCCUCAAUAACAAGUUUGAUAUUUUUCCAACAAUGAUUCCCAGUUUCUCUUCUCACAUAAUUUGAACAAUUAUUGGAUGACAAAUACAAAGGUUGGAAUCGGGUCAUCCAGUUAUC